AAUGAGAUUUCAGCGCACUGUACGCAGCCCUCGAGUCCUCACUGGUCGCCGCCCAUGUGUUACGAUCAACACUCUGAAACAAUAAGAAAGCCUAACCACAUCGUUACCAGUGUACAUCUAAAGGGCAUACAGCUAUCAUCCAUACUUUCCAACAAACAGAGCGCAAGCCAGAUUCGCAUAUGCUAUCAGCGUCGGCCUUAACUAGGCUCUUGAGGCCACCAACUUUAGAGGCUCCCUCUGUGGUCUUUUGCCACCUCUGCCUGUCAAGGGUCAAAAAGUGAGACUCACGUUCUGAUGGUAUUAACUGACCUCGAUUCCUCCAAAGACCUCAUUACUGCAACUCUGGGAGGCUGGUAACUCCCAAGGUUGCUCAAGCUUCCAAGGUCGUUGAUGAGCUUCGUGACGUGAUGACUGUGGGGCGCGGUAUCCUUCCGCGAUAACCCUCGCCGGGGUCCAAUAUCAACAACAUCUUGGACAAUUUACAUCUCAAGAUUCGACCAAAAACUACCCCACUUCUCCACAGAAGGCUUUGAGUUCCGAUUGAGUAGAAGGUUCCUUCUGCUGAAGUUUCCACUCGAUAUUUACCCCACCACCCCGAAGAGAGCCGCAACGUUCCGGGCCUUGAAGAUCUAUACUGGGGGCGCCACACCAUCCACAUCCUCUCAUCGCAAGGAGCCAGCGAUGUCUGCUGAUCUUCUUGCCGAGUUCGACUCAUACUAUGUAGCCCCGCAGAAAGGCAAUUCGAAAAAUGCGAGUGAUGGCAGCAGUAAGCCAUCCUCUGGCCUGAAUGAUUUGUCGUUUUUUAGCUCGAACCCUGCCACUUCGGCGCAACCCAGCCACACUGCCCAAUACAGCUCCCAAAGCACCGACAUAUCCGAUUUUAAUACGUUCAGUGGCUUCGAUGCGGGGGGUUCUAGGGAGGCGAGCAGGCAAGAGACACAGGACGAUGGUGAUGGUUGGGGAGAUUUUGAGAGCCCAAUCGCUGAGCCGGAGGCGGUCAAAGGCACCAAUACACAAGGAUCUACGGACCUGUUUGGCAGUGGCAUGCAUAGCAUAGGGUCGGGGCAUGGACAAGUAACAGACGAGUCAAGAUACGGUGCCGCAAGGGUUACGACAAUUCCACAGGGCAACUUCUUACCCAAUACAUCCAACGUAGCCCCGUCGUCCGCUGCUGGAUUCCAUACCAAGUAUACGCCAAAUCCAAAGCCGAGUUCCGCAAGUUCUAUGCCAGCAUCUGUAUUUCCUAAAGAUCCAAAUGUGUUAUUUGAUGCCGACAAUGUCUCGGAUGACGAUGACUUCGGAGACUUUGAGACUGUGGUUACACCACCACAGAAACAAUGGCAAGGUGGAUAUACAAACGACAAUUCUAUAUUAGCUGGAUUUAAUGAUGCUAAAAACCCGCUACCUUCAUCCUCCAAGUCUCGUCCAUUGAACCCCUCUCUUGCUACGGAGAUACCACAAUCAGCCUCAUUGCACGAAGUUAUCCCAUUCGCAGGGCUGGACCUCAACGGGGGCAGUACUGGCGCCACGAAGCAACGAGAUACAACUGCGCCUUCGGGCCCGGCACGUCCUCGGACAGGUGCUGAAUCCUUUCAUGGUUCGUUUGGGAAACCAGAUAUGCAACGAGAAAGCAAGGCCAACAAGAGCAUACAGUCUCCUCCAAUGGUAAAAGAGGACACCUCUAAGCAUACCAGUGGUAAUUCCUGGGACUGGGAUGCAGUCGAGGUUGCGCCUACCCACGAAAUAGUGCAGCCAACAAAGGAAGAUUCGUGGGCUUGGGACGUGGCAGAGACCCAGCCAAAGGAAGAUCAAACCUCUUCUCCAAGCGCUCCACCGCCCACCAAUAUCCCUCCGCCUUCAGUGCUACUGACUGUAUUUCCCCAGCUCCUCGAUCUCUCGCAGUCAAGCCUCUUUCAACCAGUGUCAAGCCAGCCAUUUUCUCUCAAGAACAGGAUACUGUCCGACCCAACAACUAUCAAUUUCAUAAGAGCUUACAUUCUCCUGGCAACCGUUGCAGGACGAAUUAUAGCAGGCCGUAAGUACCGCUGGAAACGCGAUACACAUUUAUCACAGGCUAUGAAGAUCGGGCCCGCUGCAGCUGGAGGAAAGGGUGGCAUGAAGCUCGUGGGAGUCGACAAAGCUGAGAUAAGCCGCGAGGACCGAGAGGCAAACGAGUUUAUUCGAACAUGGCAGGAUCAAGUGGGCCGUCUCCGUUCAGCUGUUGCCAUUGCCAAUUCCAGCAUCCGAGAUACCUCGGGGCAUAUAAUAGUGCCUGAGAUCAGCGGAUCAAUGCCGGUGCGCACAGCGACUGCGGCAGAAGGCGCUGUUACUGCUCCGAAACCCUGUUUCAUUUGUGGCCUAAAGCGGGAUGAACGGAUUUCCAAAGUCGACGUUCAAGUGGAGGACAGCUUCGGGGAGUGGUGGGUUGAGCAUUGGGGCCAUAAAGCUUGUAGGAACUUUUGGAUGGAACAUGAUAGCAAAUUAAAACACAAUUGA